AUGUCGCAUAACGUUAUAUCCAUAGAUAAUAUUGCGAAUUUUAUAAUUGAGAAUAAAAUUGACGCUGCGAAAGUUGAAAUUGAUAAAUUAAAUGACAUUAAUGAUGUAGCUGCUAAACAAACAUUAAUUUCCACUUUGAUUAGCAACAAAUAUUGGAAAGAAACCCAUUAUGGCACUAAAAAUCUGUUAGAAAUAGCAGAUUAUGUUAUUAAAAAUAGCAAAUUCAGACUUAGAUCACCAGUCAUAGUCAUAGUACUUGAAUUUCUACAGAAUCAUGACUUCGUUGAUUGUAAAUGGGAAUAUGAUCUAUUGCAAUUGCUUAGAAUUCUAACUAAAGCGCGCUGUAGAAAGGAUGAGGUGUUGCGCCAAAAGCUUAUGAAUAUUGACGAUGUAUUUUUAGCGCUAAUAAUUAGUAGACAUAAUAGAGAUUUGUUUGAAUUCAAGGAGUGUAAGGUUCAUUUCUUUUUAAACCACGAAUUGAAGCCGUGCAAGAUGUUAGUUGGCAGGUGCUAUUCCACAAAAUGGUCGUUUUGUUUCGAGAGAUAUUUCACGGACAAGAUUCCCAAAAGAAUUGAAAUUCCACAUUACUACACUAUUAGCGAUAAUUUCAGAGACGGUCUAAAAUUUGAUAAAUGUUUUACCGUUCCAUCUUCUGUACUCCCCUUUCUAAAACACCACAAAUCUAUCAAAUCACAUUAUGCCAUAUACCUUACAUAUCCACCAAGCCCACUCACAAAUGAUACACAUUUAGUUUGUAAUUAUGUAGCGGCUAACAAAGCUCCUAACAGUUCAACUAUAGAUGCAAAUAAUGUAAAUAAGUGCAAUGAUGUCGAUAUUACUGUGGAUGAUGGAUUUUACAUUGACAUCGAACCUUAUGACGAUGAUAUAGGAUCAAAUCGCUGGUCCGGCACGCAGAUCAUCCCCUUAUCACCCAUCCAUACCCACCUUCCAGACCAGAACAACAGAGUACAUAUCUCGGACUACUACCAGUAA